GGAUUUUCUACUGACUGACAUUACCUGACUGAAAUAAACUGACAGCAGAUGAUUAGACACCUGACACGAGUCGAAAAAUUUUUUGACAAACGUGAAACGUGCUGUUUUAAAUUCCGCCUAAAAUGGCUAUGUCGGCAACAAUGUUACGCCGUACUUUGAUAAACGGUACAUUGUACUCUGCAGUUGCUCUUCGAUUUGCAUCCUGUCAGCCAGAAAAGAAAGUAUUCUUCGAUGUUACUGCAGAUGGAGAACCUCUAGGACGUAUAGUUAUAAAACUGGAGACUGAUAUGGUUCCAAAAACAGCGGAAAACUUUAGGGCCCUGUGCACUGGAGAAAAAGGUUUUGGAUACAAGGGUUCCUCUUUCCAUAGGAUCAUUCCCAACUUUAUGUGUCAAGGAGGUGAUUUCACCAACCAUAAUGGCACUGGUGGAAAGUCUAUUUAUGGACGUGUUUUCCAAGACGAAAAUUUCAAACUGAAGCACACUGGCCCAGGAAUAUUAUCGAUGGCUAAUGCGGGCCCUAAUACUAACGGAUCUCAAUUCUUUAUUACAACUGUGCCAACUCCCUGGCUUGAUAGGAAACAUGUAGUGUUUGGUGCUGUGGUAGAGGGUAUGGAUGUUGUAUCUAAAAUGGAAAGUUUGGGAUCUGCAAGUGGAAAGCCUACAAAAAAGGUUACCAUUACCGAGUGUGGUGAGUUAGAUUAAAUAAGUAUUUCAUCAGUUGUAAAUACCGGUUUUAGUUAUGUUGUUAGUAUUGUAUGUAUGAGAUAAUAUCAAUAGGUAUUGAUUGUAGUUGUAAGUAGAAUGUAGAUGUGAGUAGAAUAACAGAUCAUGUAAAAAGAAAA